AUGGGGGCUUCACCGACCAACGCCUCGACCAGGGGUGACACCAAAUCACCCAAACAAUCAAACAAUGCCACUCCGCCUCGUCAAGAUUCUCUGCCCGAAGUGAAGCAACCCGAUCCGAGUCUGAAGCCUGAUGCCGACGGCGCGAAACCUCUUGGACCUCCCCCUCGACCCGGACAAGCUACAGGAAAUACUCCCGAUUACUUCGGUGGCGCUGCCGCUGCAUCUCUCAGUCUGGAGCCCAAUCCUUUUGAACAGUCCUUCGGCGGCGGCGCGCCAGAGACGCCCGGUGGUACGAAAUUGCCAUCUGUUGCGGCUCUGACUUCCCCAUCUUCUCUCCUUCCCGGCAGCGGCGCUACACCUUUCAACUGGGGAGGAGGUUCCUUGCGGACCGGCCCAUUGAGUCCAGCGAUGUUGUCCGGUCCUACAAGCGAUUACUUUAGUGAUACGCAUCACCUUCGAGGCGGAUUCCCGACCCCUAACGAGUCUUCGCUAAGGACAGGCUUGACUCCGGGUGGCAGUGGUUCCAUGUUCCCUGCCCCUAGCCCCAAUUCUCAACAGUUGUUUGCACAGCUUGCUAGUGGAGGUGCUACACCCAGCACUAUUGAUUUUCAUCGUACGGCGUUGAGCGCUGCGGCAAAGCGUGAGAACCAGAAUCAAUCUCAAUCCCAGAACCCCCAGCAGCAACCUUCAGUCACUUCCCAGCCUCAGGACAUGCCUAACGGCGUCGCGGCUGUGAAGACAGAAGCUAAGCAGCCAGGUCCUUUUGAUCCGCACGACAACGACGCGGCCAACGGUUUGUUUAUGCUCGCCCAGGGUCGAAACGGCGCCCAACCCCAGGGAUACCCGGCGACAACGCAACCUCAGUCUCGCGCACAGCCUGCACCUGCCCCCACGCAGGGGAUCGACACCUCUCCACAGAUGGCAAGUGUCAACGGUGCUGGCUCUGUCGGUGCUGGGUCUUCUGUCAGAGGUGUUAGUGAGGGUGGUAGCGCAGCGUCAGAUGAAAGUGAACAGGCUCGACCCAACACAAGGGGUAAGGGCAAGCGCAACUCUACUGGAGGUGCCACUACAAACGGCCGGAGAAAGGCUGAGGACGCUCCGGCCAAGGCCCCCCCUAAUAAGAAGGUUAAGACAAGCACGUCACCUGCGCCUGAGAUGAACGGCGAUGAUAGCCAUUCGGAUGACGACGACGACAUGAAGUUCAAGCAUGAGGACAAGGACGGUAACUCCAAGUCAAAGAUGACUGACGAGGAGAAGCGAAAGAACUUUUUGGAACGCAACAGAGUUGCCGCAUUGAAGUGUCGCCAACGCAAGAAGCAGUGGCUGGCUAAUCUGCAAUCCAAGGUUGAGUUGUUCAGUAGCGAGAACGAUGCUCUCACCGCUCAGAUCACUCAGUUGAGAGAGGAGGUUGUCAACCUCAAGACGCUCCUUCUUGCACACAAGGACUGCCCCGUCACACAGCAGCAAGGACUGCACGGCGCUUUUAUGCAGCAAGCCAUGGAGCCGUUCAACCCCCAAAUGAACCCCUACGGCAUGGCGGCGCCUAUCCCUAACCAGCAGGUUCUUGCAGCUGGACAGGGCGUGCAACGACGCUUCUCAUAG